GGAUCACAUGACUGCUGUAUAAGAUGGCUUCCGACUUGUUGUGGUUACUUUCCUCUGCUGUCGUAUUCCUGUCUUUUCCUUCUCAGGUGGUCUCUAUGACAACCCAUGGACGAUAUGCACUGAAACCUAACCAUACAGUUGGACUAACUUGUGCUGAUUCUUACUGCAGUACUAACUGUUGUAUAGACUCCUCUACAGACGAACUAAUUUGCUGUGAUGAAGAGAGUGAAGACUAUCUUUGGUGGUUUUGGGUAGCUGUUAUUGUCUUUGUUCUUGUGCUCUCAAUGUGUUUUGGAGCAUGUUGUUGUAAAAUUCACCGUAGACGAGUCCGCAGACAUUUCCUAGUGGUGACUCAAGAAAACCCUCCAACAAUUACAACCUAUGGCACAGAAUCUAUAGCUCCUGUUAUGAGAGGAAUUCCUCCUGGAUACCACCAAAUGCCACCACCAGAAUACCCACAGGCGAAACUGCCAUGUUAUACACCAGUAGAUACGAACAAGGGCAACCCACCUCCUUAUCAGUAAURCUGUAUAAUAACUAAGACAAAUAAUAGACCCCUUGCAGUUUGUCGGAAUGCAUCUCAAUUUGGAGGACUCCAAUUCUCAUGUCCUCCAAAUUGAGCACCUUUGACGUCACAUGAAAGGGGUCCAUACAUUGUGUAAAUGUAUAUCCCUGGGCCUGGUUGUAUGUAGGAUGAAUAGCUCUAACCAAUGGAUAAAUCCUUAUCCAGUGGAUAAAUUGAUGCUGUUAUACAAUAAAGUUAUCCACUGGAUAAGAUUUAUCCCGCUGGAUAGCACUACAGAUCUACCCCUCGUACAACUGGGCCCUGUAGAUGAGAACAAAGACAAUCCACCUUCUCAUCAGUAAAACUGUAUAUAAUAACUAUGACAAAUAAAACUGUAAUUGUAAACUGAAAUCUUCAGGAAAAGGAAACAAAUACUGAAAUAAUAUGAUUUUUUCCCCAUUGAUUGUGCUCCUGGGAGACAUUGCAAGCCAGUGUUGCAGUGUAUUGUACGAAAUACAGAAUGAAAAACGCUAACGAAACAGCACUUCUGGCACCCAGGGUAAUUAUUGCAGAGCAGUAGCCUUCCAAUUCAUUAAUCAUUAUUUAACUGCAAUAAACCUUAUGAAAAAGGUUGUGGCCAUAAAAAUACUUUAGUUCAUGUCGAAAUACGUGAUUUUGCAAAGUUUCGGUGCAGUAACRUURRAUGAUAAAAAAAUAAAAAAAAACAAAAAAACUACAGCUUGUCAGAAAUUAGAAAGUUAGAUUUUAAGAAAGCCCUUCAAGGAUAUACAAGUCUCGCCGUUUCAUGUUUUUGGUGCAUCUCAAAUGCUUAUAAUUAGAUUCACUUGUGUACAUUGUAAACCAAAUAAUGAAAAUGAUUAUUUAUUAUAAAUGAACCACUAAAAUGAAAUGACUGUGAAAAGGUCAGUGUGUUAAGCGUGCCGUGCAGUGACCGUGAUGUUUUGUAGCAUUUCAAUUGGCUGAUUUUUUCUCGCGUAAUGCAUGUGCUUGGUCUUGCAGUGCCUUGACUCUGGCGUGACCAUGUCCGCGCCGUGUCAGACUUCCUGACCGAGACAAAAUACUUUUUAAAGCACAGAGCAAAAACCAUUUAAUUAAGAACGAUUGUACGAUUUUUUUUUACUAUCUAGACCAUUGUCUCUUUCGCAUAUGCAUCAUAAGAUCAUAAGAUAUUUUAAAUCAUAAAAUAAUGUCAUAAACCAAAUCGAAUAUGGCGUUCAAUUUGGGAACUAUUAUAAUUGUUCUAGGCUGACUAGGCCCGUGUUCACGUGAAAACAUAAUAGCGUUUCCACAUGUGAGAGACCCCAGUCAGUCCAGAGCAAUAGUCGUGCAAAUUUGUUGCCAUAUUGUGAUUCGGUGUAUACUGAAGCUUUUGUGCUGCAAGCUGGUUAUGUUAGCUAGAAUGAUGGCAAUAAACUUUGAAUACAAAAAAACAAUUUCAUCACGUGACUACUGUUUUUUUUCUGUUAUCCUUGAAAACCGAAAAUGAAAUUUAUUGUUUAAGGACUGGCAAGAUUGUCGGCAGUGGCCAUGGCAUUUCAUUUCUAAUAUUGUACAUGAUACAAUUUACUCGAUUCUGAUUGGCUGAGAGCAAUAUAGUCCUACACAGCCUCUAUUAGAGUUGUCACGCAACGCUCUUUCUUAUAGCUUAGAGGAGUGAGCGUUCUGUGACGACACUAAUAGCGGCUGCGUAGGAGAUUAAGAGCAAUAAAGUUCGUGCUGUUUUGAAACUCUUUGAAAAACCCACUCGAAUUAAUUCCAAAUUGCACUCGAAACCUAUAUUAUUACCUAUACUAAUUCCCCCUUGUUAACAACCUCAGGAGGUCUCCGGAAUGAAUAAUGGGAGAAAAAAUUAAAAUUAAUAAUGGCCACUCUGGGAUUUAAGGCUUAAAAUUUGAAUUGAAAUACUAGGUCUAGGGCAGAAGAUAACCUUUACUAUUACUAAACUGCAUAUUAUAUUACUGCGCAUACAAGGUACACCAAUUAUUACUACAAAAUUAAAUACUUUUGGUUUAAAGUGCUGGUCUUACGAAAAUAUUAAUGAAGCAAAAAAAAUCCCAGAUUUUCUAUAUGCUCAAAUAGGUUAUAAUGUUCACCAAUAAACAAUAAUUGGUUCGAAAAAGAAACUUUUCCCGUCUGAAUUCUACUUCCGAAAAUUGUUCAAAGCUCGUCCGCCAUUUCUGUGAGCAGCGAUUUUAUCGUUGCAUUUUAAUAUAUGUGUGACGUCAUACGCGCAACUAGCAUCCUUUUUAUCCACACUGACUCUACAGCAUUCUCUGUAAGAAGGCAUGACUUGGCUUAAGGCUUGUUUUUAAAUCAAAAAUAUUCGAAAUUUGGUUGCAAUUACACAUUGUGAAAAGCCGCGAAUUUUGAAAGGUUGCGCGUAUGACGUCACUUCCUUCGAAUCACUAAAAGUUGCCAGGAACGCAAUCGCUUAAUGGCGGACUCAAACGGCCAAACUUUACUGGCUAAAUAAAGCAUCUUCCCAGUCUUGUAUCGAAAAAGAAUUUGGACAGUGAGCUAUAUUACAUAUCUAGUUUUAUAUGGUACAAUUUCCAGGGACGGUGUCAUUUUCGUAAGACUAGCACUUUAAUGAAAAUAACUCUUUAUACAGUAAAACUUAUUGAUUUGACCUCAUAGUACAUUAGCUUUUUUCAUUCGCAAUUUACCUCCUAUUCAGUGUUAUGUUCUUUUUGUUAACGCGGCAGCCAUGUUGGAUGGAAAUUUUUUCCCCAUAAAGCCUUGCAUUUGUGCGCUUCAGGGUGAGCGUGCUAGCGACGGCCUUAACCUCCUCCGCAGACUAUAUUCUCCGUUUGGAUCCCUGUGUUAAAUCUUAUGGCAGGGAAAGAACUAGGAACGAGAAACGAGAGAGGAGGAGGAGUGGGGACGAGGGAGGGAGAGAAAAGCGAGGAGGAGUAGCCUGCAUCUCUUCUUCUUUCUCCCUCCCUUCCCCUCCCCCUUCGACAUUUUUGCCCUCACCACAGGAAGCCCAAGGAGCAAAAAGAGCCCAGGAAAUGCUUGCGGAGUAGGCUAGCGGCGAGCAUAAACAAAAGUUUUUAUUUUUAUAAGAGUAAACAUCGCAUCCACGUAAUAAUAUACCUUUCUCGAAUGAAUUUGCUUGAGUGACGUCGACAACGUUUUCAAGUCUAGGUUGAGCUUCAUAGAUACAGUAAAGUGCAUGAACUCUAUCCUCGACUUGAAACCAUUGUUCACAAAUAGCUUUGGCAAGUUAAUAUAUAUCGCAGAGACGUAUCAGGAUAUUCGUAAGAUGGUUUUUUGGUUUCAAGAGCCCUCAAAACCGGGCAGCGCAUUAUGCAUA